AUGGUGGUGUGCUUCUGCACAGGGAACCUGGUGGCCUUUGUGUGCCUCAUCCCAGCUCUCAUCUUCUCCCUCUCUUCUGGCUGUGCCAGUAAUUCCGGAGACUAUGAGACAGCUGCAACGUAUGGAAAGGCUUCCUGUUGCUGUUUGCUGUUCUCCGUGACCAUCUACAUGAUAGCUGUACUGGUCGCCAUCAUCUUUGUCAUCCUAAUCUUCACCACGGGGCUCGCGUUUCUUGGUAUCGCAAAAGAAGAAGUGGCAUGA